AUGAUCGGAGAGCUUGUCUCAAGUGGGUUGACUUCUCCGACUGAAGCAGAAAUCAACAAGUUAUCUCGAAAGAGGAAAUUAGCCCUUGCUCCUGCAGUUCUUCCUACCCUGUACAAGAAUCUGUCUUUACUGAGAGCAAAAAUCACCAGUUCUUCCGAUUCAGUUGUAAUCGCAGCUGGGCAGUUUCAUUUGGUUCUUCUCUGGGCAUUUGAACACUUUCCUGAUGCUCUGGCACCCGAUUCUCCCAAUAUUCUUAAGCCCGGUGAAAGAGUGUCUCGACGGCACAACUUAAGCUCUAGAAAUCUCACUGUAUCCCAAGUGAAGAUGGCUGUAAUUCAGUCGGAAAACUUUGAAUGGCGCCCCUAUGCAGCUGAUUAUGAAAAUUGGAGACAUGUAUCAUAUUACGGGGGAAAAGAAGAACAGAUAGAAACUAAGGACAUGGAGUCAUAUUUUCAUUUCUUGCAGCCUUGUGAAUUGAGUGGACUAGAUUUGGAUUGCAAAGAGAAGUAUCAACCGCAGAGGGUGGCAAGACAAUUUGGGUUGGAUCAAGAGCUUCCAGCUGCUAAUUCUUCUUGUGCUCAUGAAAUAUUUCUUCCCAUAUUUGUUCCACCAAAAUCUUUCUUAGGUGGUGUUUCUCAGAGGUAUUAUAAAUGGUUGAAGGAAUCAAUGAGUCCUCCUGAAAGUGGAACAUUAAUCAAGGCUUUACCAUCAGAAAAAGAAAACCAGCAGAGGAAGAUCGAUAUGAUGGAGAUAAGAAGAAGGAUGCUUAAAGAAAUUGCUCAGGUGGUAGCCAUUGAUGAGCCAGAAGCUAAAAGGAAGGCUGCAGGCAGUUAUACUGAAGCCCCAAUCAUCAUAGACGAAAUGCACGGCGAAUCAGGCAAAAGAAUUAGUCCUAAUGUAACUGUGGAUGAGCCUACACAAAUUGAAGAUGCAGGAAAAUCGAUUAAAAAUCCCAUCUUGAUCUGUUGA